AAUUUUACUUGAGAUAGCGAUAGCGCUGAUAACACGCUUUAUUUUUAUUCAAAUUCUUAAUUAUACGAGUAGGCAUUGAAAUUUUUUUUAAGAUUAAUUUAAAAAUAUUAUUUUCAUUAUUUCGGAUAAUCGCGGAUCGGAUCUAAAUGAGUUUUGCACCCGGUCGUCAUGGUCCAAAAUGGCCUUAGAUAUUUGAUAGUACACCUGAAGUUGCAAAUUAUAAUUUUGAUGAUAUUAUUCAAUACAAAUAUAUAAAACUCUACAAAUCUUUUAAAAUAAUGAAAUGGAAUUUGAGCACAUGAACUAGUGUCAAGUUACAGUACUUUGAAUGUAGAAUACAUGUAUUAAACAAUUUUCAAGAAUUAAAACAUUUUGCUAAAUUACAUCCCGAUAUAAAAUGAAUCACAGUGAAAUAUGAUUAGCUCCAUAUUUUAUGAAAGUGCUGCUUCAAAUACACACGGAUGACAUGAAUCAAAUCGACAGUUGAUUAAAAUAAACACAAGUAGAUAAGAUUUCAAUGAUACCGCUAUCGUUGAUAACGUUUUCGAACAAUAAUUAACAAAUUAUAUUCGAUGAUAAACGGUGGGACAAAUAAGUGUAUAUUUUUUUUGUUGUUUAAAAUGUAUUUUAUAAAUACUCAUUUAUCGAGGACCUGGAUAGUGUUAGCAUUGUGUUUCUAUUGGUUUUGUGUGGUGAAUUCGCAGUGUCAAGUCGCGCAAACCUGUGUCCACGACGCCACAGUUUCUGAUUGUCUUGCUGGCGAAGUUUUGGCACCAAAUGUACACAUUUUCAAUUGUUGUCCUGCGUGUCGACUACCUGGCCCGACUGAUCCGGGCGAUGGUACGGAGUGCAAACCACCUUCUAGCUGUUUACCUGAUGGUUCUUUUGGACCAGUACAAUGCAAAGGCGAUAUGUUCACAGGACGGUGUUUCUGUUCCGAUAAAGAUGGAAACAGAAUAUUUGGACAAAUGUGGCGGAAUGAAGCUAGUGACAUGAGUUGCGCAUGUAGCAGAAGACGAGCCGAAAUAGAAGCAUCGGGAAGAAAAUUUGUAACACUACACUGUACUGGUAACGGUGAUUAUGAGCCCUUACAAUGUGAUGAUGGGCUAUGCUGGUGUGCAAAUGUUAAAACGGGACAGCCAACGGUCACCCCAGUUCCGCAAGAAGAUAUGAAGCGUUUGCCGUGCUAUAGUGCGGGAGUGGCAGGCGAGCAAUACUUGCGAAGAUGUGAAAGUUUAGUUCAGUCAAUGGCAACGAUUAAUCAAGAGCAAGCAGAACAUGGCACUAAGUUUUUCGGUAACCCCACGACAUUCUGUGCUUAUGAUGGAAGCUAUGGACCGUUUCAAAUACGGAACGGAGUUGCAUACUGUACUGGAAGGGAUGGUGAGAUACUGGGUUCGUGGCAAGUUAUAAGCAGUGAAAUGUCUAGAAUGAAUUGCAAUUGUGCUCGCGACACCAUGAUAUAUUUCCCAGAACGGGGCAUGACUGUGACGGAAAUAUGUUUGGCUAAUGGCAACUACCAACCGCAUCAGAACGUUGGAGACGUAUACUAUUGUGUUGAUACUGACGGUUACCCGAUAGAGUUUCUAGAUGAAUGGCCUUCGGAUAGAUGUGCCAGUUACGCCUGAGAAAUUAUACUUUAUACACAUUCACAAUUUAUUACAUGUAAAUAAACAAUAAAAACAUU